AUGGUGGCUGCUAUGGGUCCACCCAAGCAGGGCGAUCCCAUCCCUUCUUCCCUCCGGCAGCGCCUCACCCUCCGGCUGCUCUCGGUCACGCUCCUGGUGUCCUUCGGCUCCUCCAUGCUCUACGGCUACAGCCUGGCUGUGGUGAACGCGCCRGCAGCGCCCAUCAAGGCUUUCUACAACGCCACGUGGAGCCGGCGGCGCGGGCAGGGGCUGCCGCCCGGGCGCCUCACGCUGCUCUACGCGCUGACGGUGGCCGUGUUCGCGCUGGGCGGGCUGCUGGGCGCGCUGCUCGUGGGGCUGCUGCUCGCGCGCUACGGCAGGUAAGGGCGCCGGGGGUGGGCACGGCGCGGCGCCGGGGGCGCCAUGGGCCUCAGCCGGCGCCUCGGCGCCCCCGAGAUGGUCGUCGUGGGGCGCGCCAUCAUGGGCCUCCACUCAGGCAUCUGCCUCAGCGUGGUGCCCCUCUACCUGGGCGAGGUGGCUCCGCGGAGCCUGCGCGGGCUCCUGGGCCUCGUGCCCAGCGUCUUCAUCUGCCUGGGCGUCUUCUCGGCGCAGGUGCUGGGGCUGCCGGAGCUGCUGGGCCAGGACMGGUACUGGCCCCUGCUCCUGUCCGUGGUGGCGGUGCCGGCCGCCCUGCAGCUGCUGCUGCUGCGCUGCUUCCCGGAGAGCCCGCGCUACCUGCUCAUCGAGAGGAACGACGUCCCCGGCGCCACCGCGGCGCUGCGCUGGUUCCUGGGCACCUCCGACGUGCGGGACGAGGUGCGGGAGAUGCGGGAGGAGCAGCGGGCGCUCUCCUCCCUGCACACGGUCUCGGUGUGGCGGCUGCUGCGGGACCGCUCCGUGCGCUGGCAGACGCUCUCCGUGGCGGUGGUGAACGCCGGCAUGCAGCUCUCGGGGAUCGACGCCGUCUGGUUUUACACCAACACCAUCUUCGAGGCGGCGGGCAUCCCGGCAUCGCAGAUCCCCUACGUCACCGUGGGCACCGGAGCCGUGGAGAUCGUGGCAGGGCUCAUGGGGUGCGUCGCCAUCGAGAGGCUGGGCCGGCGGCCGCUGCUCCUCGCCGGCUUCUGCUCCAUGGGGCUCUGCUCCGCCGGCAUCACCGUCUCCCAGCUGCUGCAGGCAGCGCUGCCCGGGAUGCACUACGUGGCUGCCGCCUGCGUCGUGGGCAUCAUCGCCGGCUUCUGCCUCGGACCAGCCGGCGUCCCCUUCCUCAUGACGGCCGAGCUCUUCACGCAGUCGCACCGCCCGGCCGCCUACAUCGUGGCGGGGACCGUCAACUGGCUCUCCAACUUCACCGUGGGCCUCGUCUUCCCCUUCCUGCAGAUGUCAGCCGGCCCCUUCUGCUACCUCUUCUUCUGCGGCACCUGCCUGCUCGUGGCGCUCUACAUCUACGCCGUCAUCCCCGAGACCAAGAACAAGACCUUCGUGGAGAUCAGCCAGACCUUCGCCGCCCGCCGCUCCUUGCCCUGCGCGCCCGCGCGCCCCGUGGGCAUGGCCAAACUCGGGYGCUACGGGGCCCUGGGGGGCAGCUCGGCGGGCGGGCGGGCUCCCCUGCUCUCCUGA